UUGGAGGUUCUAUUUCAUUAUUUCUGCCGUAGCCAGUCCAAUCCCACGCAACUAGAUGCGGGACUCACCUCUGAACCCCUUCCGGUUUAUCGCAUGCUUCUCCUUCAAUUUAGCUAGCUAACAUAUAUGAAACAUAAUAUAUAGACAGCGUUAGGAGUUCAUAAAACACUUUGGUUCCAUAAUUUAUACAUUUCAUCAUCUGAAAUUGUGACGGUCGAAGAAAACAUGAAUAUUCGCAACGCAAGGCCGGAGGACCUUAUGAACAUGCAGCACUGCAACCUGCUGUGUCUCCCAGAGAACUACCAGAUGAAAUACUACUUCUACCAUGGACUGUCCUGGCCACAGCUCUCCUACAUCGCUGAGGAUGAGAAUGGCAAAAUAGUGGGAUAUGUUUUGGCCAAGAUGGAGGAGGAUCCAGAUGAUGUCCCCCAUGGUCACAUCACAUCCCUGGCUGUCAAGCGCUCACACAGACGUCUGGGUCUGGCUCAGAAACUGAUGGACCAAGCCAGCCGAGCUAUGAUUGAAAACUUCAACGCCAAAUAUGUCUCACUUCAUGUCCGGAAAAGUAACCGAGCAGCCUUGCACCUGUACUCCAACACACUGAAAUUCCAGAUUAGUGAAAUAGAGCCCAAGUACUAUGCAGAUGGGGAGGAUGCCUAUGCCAUGAAGAGAGACCUAGCUCACAUGGCUGAUGAGGUCCCACAGUUGAGGAAGCCAGGAGUGAAGGCACUGGGUCAGGAGACCCUUACUGCUACGACCACACCCGGUGACCAGGAGAAAGAGGGAGAGAGGGACAGUGGCGGAGAGAGCAAAGAACUCAGUGAAGUUAGCGAAGCAACAGAAAGCACAGACGUCAAAGAUUCAUCCUCCGAUUCACAAUGACUCUGACCUCUUUAGUAGCCAUUUUUAAAUUUCACCAUGAAAGUUACUUAUUACACUUUUUUAUCUCUUUCCAAAUAGGAAAAAACAGAUUUGACCUCAGUUUUCCCCAGUGUUCAUCUUCAACUAUUCACCUCAGUUACUUUGUAUAUUUUACCUUUACAACAUACUGUACAGUAAUAUAUAUUUGACCUUCACACCGUACAGGAACAUAUUUUACCUUCACACCGUACAGUAACAUAUUUGUUCUUCACACCGUACAGGAACAUAUUUGACCUUCACACCGUACAGUAACAUAUUUGACCUUCACACCGUACAGGAACAUAUUUGACCUUCACACCGUACAGGAACAUAUUUGACCUUCACACCGUACAGGAACAUAUUUGUUCUUCACACCGUACAGUAACAUAUUUGGUCUUCACACCGUACAGUAACAUAUUUGACCUUCACACCGUACAGUAACAUAUUUGACCUUCACACCGUACAGGAACAUAUUUGACCUUCACACCGUACAGGAACAUAUUUGGUCUUCACACCGUACAGGAACAUAUUUGACCUUCACACUGUACAGGAACAUAUUUGACCUUCACACCGUACAGGAACAUAUUUGACCUUCACACCGUACAGGAACAUAUUUGACCUUCACACCGUACAGGAACAUAUUUUAUCUUCAGUGUACACAGUAGAGUAAUAUAUUACACCUUUACAGCGUACACCAUACAGUAGUAUAUUUUACUAUUACUGUGUUCACCAUACAGUAAUAUAUUUGACCUUUACAGUGUACACCGCACCGUAAUAUAUAUUUUACUUUACACUGUACAGUAAUAUAUUUGACCUUUUAGAGCAUACACCGUACAGUAAUAGUUUUUUUCCCAUAAAUUUCUGUUGUCAUUAGUGACAAACAAAGAAAAUUGAGAAUUGGUUGAAAGGAAUGUUUUUGGAACUGGAAUGAAAAUGGAUUUUGAGCUGAAAUUCACGACUGGUUCCAUAAGUUUAAAAAAUAUAUAUAUAUUUGAUGUUGUCACUAGUACUUCAUCGUCGGCCACCCCACCCAUGAAAUCAUAACCAGUGUUUUUGGAUGUGUCUAAAUCAGGUCUGUUAAAUAUUCUUCAAAAUAAAAGUUUCAAGUAAUA